CUGAUUCAGCCCAGCUCAGCAGCAAGAAGCCCCGGGGCUGUGCUCUCCGGACCGACCGCCACCUGUGGGUGGGGGGGCGAGUGGGUUUGGUUGUCGUCAUGGCGACGGCGUGGGUAGCCAAAGCCCUGCGGUCCGCUGCAGCGGCCAGAAGGCUGCGCAGCCCGGGAGGUCCCGGGGGCUCACGGAAACUGAGCGGUAGCGCUCGGCGUCGAGGGCCAAGGAGCGCCAGCCCGGGACGCCGGCUCAGCACCGCGAGGGCCCCCGCAGAGGACUCGGAGGGCGCUAAAGGUCGCGUCCAGUCUCCUGCCGUCGAGGAGCCGUGGGCACCGCUCCCAACGCCCCUCGAAUCCCCUGCGCCUCCCGCCGGCAGGUCACUGGUGCAGCGGGACAUCCAGGCCUUCCUGAACCAAUGUGGUGCCAGCCCAGGGGAGGCACGCCACUGGCUCACACAAUUCCAGACCUGCUACCACUCGGUGGACAAGCCCUUCGCCGUCAUGGAGGUGGAUGAGGAGGUGCUUCAGUGCCCAAAGGCGGUGUCCAGCCUGGCUUUCGCCCUAGCCUUCCUGCAACGCAUGGACAUGAAGCCGCUGGUGGUCCUGGGGCUGCCGGCCCCCACGGCACCGUCGGGCUGUCUUUCCUUCUGGGAGGCUAAGGCGCAGCUCGCUCAGAGUUGCAAGGUGCUGGUGGAUGAGCUACGCCAUAACGCGGCUUCUGCUGUGCCCUUUUUUGGCGGCGGAUCAGUGCUGAGCGCUGCGGAACCAGCCCCCGAUGCCAGCUACGGCGGCAUCGUCUCGGUGGAGACAGACCUGUUGCGAUGGUGCCUGGAGUCCAACAGCAUUCCCAUCCUGUGUCCCAUCGGGGAGACGGCUGCGCGCCGCUCGGUGCUUCUUGACUCCCUGGAGGUGACCGCGUCUCUGGCCAAGGCUCUGCGGCCCACCAAAAUCGUCUUCCUCAACACUUCAGGCGGCCUGCGGGAUACCCGUCAGAAGAUCCUAAGCAACGUGAACCUGCCGGCCGACCUUGACCUUGUUACCAACGCCGAGUGGCUGAGCACCAAAGAACGCCAGCAGAUUCGCCUCAUCGUGGACGUGCUCAGCCGCCUGCCGCACUACUCCUCCGCGGUCAUCACCGCUGCCAGCACGCUGCUCACGGAGCUCUUUAGCAACAAGGGCUGUGGCACCCUGUUUAAAAACGCUGAGCGGAUGCUGCGAGUGCGCAGCCUCGACAGUCUGGACCAGGGCCGCCUAGUGAACCUAGUCAACGUCAGCUUCGGCAAGAAGCUCCGGGAAGACUAUCUGGAGUCCCUGCGUCCUCGGCUGCACUCGAUCUAUGUCUCUGAGGGGUACAACGCUGCGGCCAUCCUGACAGUGGAGCCUGUACUAGGGGGCACCCCGUAUCUGGAUAAAUUUGUGGUGAACUCCAGCCGCCAGGGUCAGGGUUCCGGACAGAUGCUGUGGGAGUGCCUUCGGAGGGACCUGCAGACGCUGUUCUGGCGCUCCCGGGUCACCAACCCCAUCAAUCCCUGGUACUUCAAGCAUAGUGAUGGCAGCUUCUCCAACAAGCAGUGGAUCUUCUUCUGGUUUGGCCUGGCUGACAUCCGGGACUCCUAUGAACUAGUCAACCAUGCCAAGGGGCUGCCGGACUCUUUCUGCAAGCCAGCUUCUGACCCAGGCAGCUGACCCGUCAUCAUGGGCCCUGUAAAUCCUGGGAUGGACAAAAAGCCAUGCCCGCUGGGGGUGACCCCGGGCAGCUGAGGGGAGGAAGUUGACCAACCAUGUCUGCUGAAAGGCACCGGAACAGGACAAACAGAAAGAGUGAAGCCAGCCAAAGACCCUGCUCCAAAGCCAAACCAGACAGUCUUCAAUGUUCAGCCUGGGGAAUGGGACUAGGAUUGUCUCCCAGGGAACUACUUAAAGGGCAGGCCAGUUUCCAUGGCCUCUGUGCUGUCUUGAGGCUCCUUUGUCUUACACAGCAUCUAAGCCUGCUUGACUUGACCUACCAUUCACUUCACUUCCUUUGCGCCUUGAAAUUCUUCAGGAGGCCUCGAUUAAAAUAUAAAUGCUUGUCUGA